CAGUACACCAAAACUUCGUUUGCCUGCUUGGAUCAAUGGGAGGAAGAAGACACACCAGAAACGUUGUCUGUUAGCAACUGCUAAUGUUGCUAACAGGACGAAGCCGUCAAAUCUCAACAUGGCCACACCAGUUCCUGUGCUUCGCCUACCGAAAGGUCCGGACCCGAACAGCCGAGGGUUCGACCCAAACUCUCCUCGCUUCAUCGCCCUGUGCCGCACGUCCAUCCCCACGUCAGCCGCGGCGGAGUCGGACCCCCAGCAGCUGCAGGAGGAGCAGCAUGCGCGUUCGGUGCUGAGAGAGCGCUUCCUGCGCUGCCUGCUCGCCAUGUCCAACAAGAAGGUUCGGUUCCACAUGCACGAGAAGGUGAACGUCGAGGCCACGUUUGGGGCGUCGGACAUCGACGUGCUCAACUUUCAGGUGUCCGACCUGCACACUCCCAUCGGGGUGCAGAAAGAGGCCCUCAUCAGAAGUCAGGAUGUCAUUUCAUUCACAUUUGAUGCAUGACACUUUCCCAUGUUUUGAUCUGAGCGACGGUCUUCUCACUUCAGGAUGAUAUUGUUGUACAAUAUCUUUGCAAACGUAAGAUUCAUAUUCAGAUUUUGCAUCCCCACAAACUGUUUAAGUGCCACCACAAGAGGGAGCCAUUUAUUCAUCAUGGACAAAGUGGUAUUUUUUAGACCUUUUGAUCAAAAACCAAGCUGAACCUGAUGCUGUUUGCUGGGAGAUUGAUAGUAUUGCAGUUUUAUUCACAGUUUGAUUCUCAGUCCUUCCUGACAAGCUGCCUGAUAUUAACAGUAUAACAACAUGUCACCUAAAUGGCCACAUUUCCAUCGUCUUCUGAUGUGCAACAAGUGUUUUUUUUUUGUUUAUAUUUCUCAUCCUUUCUACAUUUAUGUUUUUGUAUUUACCCAUUUUUGUAC